AUGCAGCACCGAAGGUCACCCCCCACCUUCGAGGCGGCCUCGUCCCAGCACCUUUCCCAGCUGCACCGCGAUGCCCUCGCCUACUUUACUGCUGCACCAGCGCAGCCGGAGAAGCCCUCCACGCCACUGCGCCCAGCACCCAGCCAGCCGUGGUGGCUCUGCAUCAUGGGCAUUGGCUGGGCAGCCCUCAUCGUCUUUGCAAUGACGACGGACCUUGGCAUGGGAGAGUCCGACGCCGACGCCGCCACGAGAAGCUUCAUCGGGGAGGUUGACGCCGUCGCGCUAAGCUCGAGCGAGGCCUCACCGCCGGAGCGGCAGCCGCCCAAGGCGUGGUGGACGUCAGAGGUCAUGGACCUCGACCCAUCAGUCAACGGCAGCGCGGCGGAGGUGGUCUGCAGCGGCUGCGACCUCGCCAGCCGGCUUGCUGCCAGCGCGCCUCCGCCUCCCGCUGCUGAAGUAGACAGCCGGAACGCGUCGUCGGAGGAUGGCGCGGGCGUUGUCGAGGGGGGCAACACGGCCGCGGUGGUGGUUGCUGGCGGAGCUGCGAGUGGGGGUGUGGUCGGCGGUGCGCAUGUCUCGGCCGGCGGCGCUGCGCCGGGCGGGGAACCGCUGCCCCUCGGGGUGGCUUGCACCCCCGCGAGGAAGGGCGACGCCUCGGUCUCGAUGUGCGAGUCGUUUUGCCUCGCAAAGGCACCGCUGCCCUGGGCCGCGUUGAGCAUAGCCGGGAUGCGUGCGGCCAAGUUCCACUGCGUUCUCUGCAAGUGCAAAAGUUGCAGCUUCUGCCCGGCGCAGGCUGCUCCGACGAACGCGACCGUGUGA